CAAGCCCGGGUACAGUUUACGGACGGAUGGGUAAAGGACCUUGAAAUGCACCGGGUAGAACGAAAGACCAUCGUACAAACAAAGUCUUGCUGCAGUUUGGAAGAGCAUCUCCAGAAUCAGCAGAGUCAGCAGCCAUACCUCCUGGCUGUUGGGCGCCAGAAGAGGAAGGUCGACAGCUUCUAUGUUGCCAUAGACAAGCGUCUCAUCCCCUGCCAGGCCAGCCGCUCCCUUGGGGCAUUUGAUGAGCUUUUUAAAGCUCAUUUUGUGUUCAGUGUGUCUUAUGAUGCUGCACUUGUGAAUUUCUACACAUUUCUGCAGACAACAGUAUACAAUAUUGAUAUGGGGAAAAUGAAGGAGUCCCCAAGAGUUCGUGACCUGAGAGCCAAAAUCCUUAACCAGGAAAUUCUUCUCACAACCCAAGUAAAAAUCAUUAAAAUGCUGACAUGUGUUUUGUGUAAGAGAGCUUAUCCCAGCAGUCAGCAGCUGAUUUCACAUUUAAGAGGUGAACAUGGUUAUUAUCCUGGACCUAAGUUUAAGUUAUUUUGUUGGCAGCCAGGCUGCAGGCUUCAGUUCCAAACUUAUGCAGGCUUUAGGAAGCACCUCAGUAGUUUUCACAGCAAUGUUGACCAAAAUGAUCGAACUUCAGCCAUUGCUUGUUUUUCUAAUGACACAGUUUCACCUGCUUUGGAGGACCAGUUUAAUUCCUCAAAUCUUCCUCACAGUUCUCCCAGUGUUCUUCCAGAGUCUAGUUCUUCCAGUGUUCCAGUGAGCAUUGAUUCAGUACUUACAAGGGAUUCAUCCAAAGAAAUGUGUGCAUCCAUUGUGGCCAAACUGCAGGGUAGUGGCCUUUCUAACAGUUUAGUAUCCUCACUUGUAGGCGAUUUGGAGGAAUUAACAAGUGAGCUUCGCUCAGAAGCAAAGCAGGCCAUUCUUUCUGCGUUACCCACAAAGGACUCCAGCAUAUCUUUAAUAAAUAAAUGAAUGCUUUGAAAAUUUUGAAAACCCUUUCACCAAUCUGAACACAGAAUGGAAACGAAAUAAAUACUUCAAUCUAAAAUGGGGAGUUGUAGAACCUAGAGAAAUAACACUUGGAGUGAGGUAUGACAUCAGGCGAAAUCAGAAGUCUGGUACUUAUGAUCAAGUACCUGUGAAGGAUACUUUUAUAUAUGUACCUAUUUUGGAGUCUUUGAAGUUCAUGUUUAGAAAUCCAGAGAUUUGUGUUUUCCUGCAGAGAGAGUGUAGCUCAGAGCCUGAUGCUUAUCAUGACUUUUGUGAUGGAAGUUACUUUAAAACUCACCCUUUGUUUUCAGCCAAAAGGCAUGCAUUACAAAUUCAGCUAUACUAUGAUGAUUUUGAAACAGCCAAUCCUCUUGGCUCUAAACGCGGAAUUCACAAAAUUGGCUGUAUUUAUUUUGUUAUAAGAAACUUGCCCCCAAAAUUUAAUUCCAUUUUGAUGAACAUUCAUUUAGUGUCACUUUUCCACACACCAGAUCUGCAAAAGUAUGGUUUUGAUGUUAUACUGGAACCACUGAUAAAUGAUGUCAAAAAACUGGAAAGCCAAGGGCUAAGUCUUCCAUUUUCUGAUGAGCAGGUAUAUGGCACAAUAUCACAGAUCACUGGAGAUAACCUAGGGAUGCACUCAAUUCUUGGUUUUAAUGAGUCGUUCAGUAGCCGUCAUUUCUGUCGCCUUUGUUUGAUUGAGAAGAAUGAUUGUCAAAUGGUGUACAGUGAGGAUGAUCCUAAAAUUAUUCCUCGUGGGAAAGAUUUGUUUGACAUACGUUGCCAGUCUCUUCGGGAAAAUCCUAAAUUGAAGUCACUGUAUGGGUUGAAAAGAAAUUCUGCACUCAAUUCAUUGCAGUAUUACCAUAUUUGCAAUAACUACUCAUUUGAUAUAAUGCAUGACCUUCUUGAAGGUGUGGCUCAGUAUGAGGUCAAAUUGCUUUUUGAGUAUCUUACGCAACACUUCAUAUCAGAACAGAACUUGCUUUCUAGGAUUUAUGGUUUUGACUAUGGAUUUUUA